UGAUUCUGUCAGGAUCUCCUCUGGUCUCCGUGCUGAUCAUGGAUUCUUCUGUCCACCUCCUGACGCUGCUUUCUCUCCUGUCGCACUGCACAGCUCAGUGGUGUUACCAGAGCCAGUACUCCUGUGAUGACACAUGCAGAGAUCCGACCCACUGGGCGGCUCAGUUUCCCAGCUGUGGAGGAUUACGCCAGUCUCCCAUUAACAUCGUCACCAACAAGGUGCACGUCAACAGCGCCCUGCCGCCCUUCAGCUUCAUCGGCCACACCAACACAAAUAACAUUACAGCGGAAAACAAAGGACACUCUGCUCAUUUUAUUCUACCGCAGUCUGUGCGACUGACGGGAGGAGCUCUGCCUGGUCACUACAGAGCCGCCCAGUUUCACUUCCACUGGGGGGACAGUGGGAGACCGGGAUCAGAGCACACCAUCGAUGGAGAACGGUUCCCCAUGGAGCUGCACAUCGUCCACAUCAAGGAGCCGUACGGGUCUCUGGCAGAGGCCGAACAUGACAUGGCCGGUAUAGCUCUGCUCGCCUUCCUGUUCGAGGAAUCGACAGACGAUCACCCUCACUUGGAUGCAGUCAUAGCUGCUUUGGGUCGAGUACAAAACAACGGCAGCAGCACAGUGAUCCCAAACUUUCGACUCAGUGACAUCAUCCCAUCAGCAAAGGAGCUCCACAGUUACUACCGCUACGUUGGCUCCAUGACGACUCCAGGGUGUGAGCAGGCGGUGGCCUGGACGGUGUUUCACAGGACCCUGCCCAUCAGCAGUCGACAGCUGGACGCCAUCGUGAAGCAGUGUCGAUUCUGGACGGGCCAGCCCAUGACGGACAUCUUCAGACCCACGCAGCCUCUGGACGGCAGGGUGGUGUACCGGUCCAAGGCGAGCGCAGCUCUGUCCAGCGCGAUCCACAUGUGGUUCGGUGUUCUGUCAGUUGUGUUUGGGACAACGGGGCUGAUGGACUGACUCAGCAUGUAAAAAACAACUGAUUUAAAGGCACGAUAUGCAGGAUUUCUCUGUCGCGCUUUGUAAACAGUCACUUAAUUUUGGUAGGAAUCAAAUAAAUACAAUAUUUUCUGAUUGUUAAAGCACAAACACAUAAAAAUACUCACAUUUCUUGUACAUUAAAAGUGAUGAUCGAGAGAUUUUACUUUACUUUCUUUACAUUGUUUUGGGGAAAAAUCCUGCAUAUGAUACCUUUUAAAUGACAAAAGCUACUGUAUGUAUAAAGACAACUUUUACUUGUGUGACAGUGAAACAACAUUUAUGUUCAUGCUCAUUAAUUAAACUAUGACCCGCUAACUUCCACUGAACGGCUGUUGUGCCGCUGACAGAAGUUCUCGUGCUGAACCGAAUGUUGCUUUUAUUUUGCUGUCGCUAUUUUUCCACACAACUUCCGCGAGCCGACAAGAGUUUUGUUUUGAUUUAGCUCCAUUUACACUCCACGCUGUACAUUUAUUUAAGAAUAUUGAUUUUGCCCGCCAAUUUGCUCAAGAUUGAAAGUUGUACUCGUUAUAUCCAGAUGAUCCUGAUGUUCUUUCUUCUGUUGCCACGAUGAAGUUUAUAUCCGUGGUUAUGAAAUAUAAAUGAAUAUGAAUUGUGUGAGCUCAUGAUUCUUGAGUCUGGUGUAGAAUGUGUAGAAUUAGGGGUUUUAGAAUAAGUUUUAUAAUCUUCUAACAGUUACAACACUCUGUUAUUUCUUCUGUACACGUGUUUAUUUAGAUCUAAGAUGUACAUAAGUAUCUGUGAUUAUCUGCUACAGUAACAACCAUUCCUCUGUUUUCCUGCGUAUGAUCUGUUGUCUUUGUAUAUAAUCAACAUUUAUGAGAUGCAGUCUUGAGAGAAAUGUGCUGCCAGAUAUCUAUAAAAAACUAAAGGUGGACAGUAGAAUUGUGAUUUAACGUUUUUGAACGUUGACACUUUAAUCAUUUGGCUUCGAUGAUCCAUUUGGGGUUUUUAAGUGAUAAUGCCGAUUGUUGAUUUCAUGUCAAUAGAUUCUGAAACUGAUCACGAA